AUGUCGUGGUGGUCUAAUGAAAAAGAAACUGCACCAAAACGUUAUGCGGAAGUUUUUAAAGAACGUUCGUCUCGGGACGCAUUCGUGCUAGAUCCUAUCAAAAUGGCAGUUUCCCCAGAUGGAAAAUUUGUUUUCAUUAUCGGCAGUCGUAGGAUAGUUGUUACAUCAGAACGGACGCCGAUUGAAUGGACAACCUCUUUCAAAAUAGAUGUAUUCGAUCUGUGUUUGGAAGAACGUAAAACAAUACUCCUCAAUGAUUUGUUCGACUUUGGGGAUUACCUUGUGCACAUUUAUGCUCCUAACAGUAGCACCCUUGUUGUGCUGGAUUAUAACCAUCGUCAGGCAACUUUGCGACAACGAAUUAUCAAAAUUAUCAAUAACAUAGCCAUCUCACCGUUCCAUCGAUGCUACCAUUAUGGUACUUCUCAAACAUCAUUCAUCAAAGCAGCUGUUGGUGACCGACUCUGCGCUGUAGUCAGUAGACAACGAUUUGAAGGGCAGUUUGUAGCACUAAUUAUACCAAAAAAUCCAUAUGAAUUAAAACCGGACACACCAAAUGAUAUCUCCAUUCACAUUAACAAUAUGAAUACCGAAUUACAUGCAUCAUUAUCUCUAAAUAUUUGUCAUUAUAUCGCACCAUUUUUUUCUCACAACGAUCAUGAGCUAUGCUUUCUAACUAUCAACAGUUUAACACUGAAUAUUGAACCUUCAAAUGUCAGCUUUUUAAAUCUACGAAAUUACAAGUGGUACUCACGAGAUGCAAAACCCGAUGAAGUAAGUGGUUUUCCACUUGACGAAUACCAUCAAACGCCUAUCUUGGUCGACUGUUUCGUAUGUCAAAAUGGGACUCAACAGAUCGGACUGGUUGCCCGAUAUCGAACGCCACCAACUCACUGGCGUUGGCAAAUCUGCUCUGCAAUACAAUGGAUGCAAAUGAGACUAGUGAGACUAUUUUUCUUCAGCAUGGAUAUACAAGUGGAUGUUUUCGGAAGAACGAUAUUGUACUUAACAACAUUCCUUAGUUACCUCAGAGAUCGCCUUGUAUUAAGACCAUAUGCUAGACUGGGAAUUCUGAAUUUACGAUCUUGGAAAUGGAUUGACCGUUCAUACAUGUUAAAUGAUGUUCACUACGUGGAUCAACUGACUGAACUGGCAUCAAAUAGCGGACAUAUCACAUGGGCUGAGAAUGACUGCGAACAAAGUAUACGCCUAGUGAAAUCACCAGUUUCAAUGAUGUCACUGAUUGCAAUCGCGGACUUUGAACUUCGUCGUUACGGAAAUCCUCAGCUGUCCACUCUCAGACGCCAAUAUAUGCAACAUAUAUGCGGAUCUGGAUUAAGUUCGUCCACAGCACUUGAAGGAAAAAAAUCUAACUAA